CAUCCGGGCGGCGGCUCACACCAGCACUCCGCCCGGCGCAGCACCAUGCCUGUCUGCCGCCCCGGCCUUCACGCCGUCCCCCUCCUCCUCGGCCUGCUGCUGCUCGGCCUCUCCCCUGUCCCAGGUGGGCGUCUUCCGGGACUAGGGCUCCUGGCCCCACUGACCGUCGGCCUCCCAGGCAGAGAAGCGGAGAAAACGGGCGUGUGCCCUCAGCUGCAGGCGGACCAGAACUGUACGCAGGAGUGCCAAUCGGACGCCCAAUGCGCCGACAACCUCAAGUGCUGCCAGGCCGGCUGCGCCACCAUCUGCCACCUGCCCGACGAAAAGCAAGGUUCCUGCCCCCACGUGAACACUGACUUCCCCCAGCUCGGCCUCUGCCAGGACCAGUGCAAGGUGGACAGCCAGUGUCCUGGCCUGUUGAAAUGCUGCUACAAUGGUUGCGGGAAGGUGUCCUGCAUCACUCCCGUCUUCUGAGCUCUAGCCACCACCACCCGAGGAGUGGGGGAGUGGAAGUUUCUGCCCGGCCCUGCCUGGCUCCAGCCCAGCUGGGCUCCCCUCUUUCUGGCUUCUGCACUCCCUCCAGAGCUGAGCACAGCUUCUGUCUUUUCCAACCAAUAAAGUGACCGUUUCCAGCA